AACUUCCAUGAUCACUUCCAGAUGCAGAAGUUUAACAAAAAUUAAACAAAAGAAAAAACUACGAUCCCAUUGGCGAUUGCUUAAACGUCAUCCCGUUCACUGGUCGGGUAGGGGCGGGGCCACAGACCGAGUAGGAAGCUGAAGAUCCAGCUGAGGAUGGUUAGCAUGCAGCUGUCAUCCCUACCCAUCAAAUAAUGGGCGUGCCAUAAAGGUGCAGGGAGUCCGGGGGCCGUUGGAGGUCGCCUCUAACCUCGGGAAGGAUGAAGAGUCCAGUGCACAGAUGCAGGGAUGUUGAUCACGGGCGUGGGCAGACCGGGACAGUGGCAGUGUCCGAGUGCUUGCAGGCUGAGCAACGCAUCCCCGUCUCCAAAGAUGUCAUCACUUCAUCUUCCACUUCCGGCCUGUGGUUCAUCAGAGACACCUGUGGCAUCGUGUGUGCCGUCAUCACAUGGCUCCUGGUUUUCUAUGCAGAGUUUGUGGUGGUGUUCGUGAUGCUGCUGCCCUCCAAGAAUCUGAUAUACAGUGUUGUGAAUGGGACUGUGUUUAACAGCCUGGCCUUUUUGGCCCUCGCUUCUCACCUCAGGGCCAUGUGCACAGACCCUGGAGCAGUGCCAAAAGGGAACGCCACUAAGGAGUACAUAGAAAGCCUUCAAUUGAAACCAGGACAGGUGGUCUACAAAUGUCCCAAAUGCUGCAGCAUCAAGCCUGACCGAGCACACCACUGCAGUGUGUGCAGGAGGUGCAUACGGAAGAUGGACCAUCACUGUCCAUGGGUCAAUAACUGCGUGGGAGAGAACAACCAAAAGUACUUUGUGCUAUUCACAAUGUACAUUGCACUCGUCUCUCUCCAUUCUCUGGUCAUGGUGGUCUUCCAUUUCCUCUACUGCUUUGAAGAUGACUGGACAAAGUGCAGUUCCUUCUCUCCUCCAGCAACAGUCAUCCUCCUCAUACUCCUGUGCUUUGAGGGCCUCCUCUUCCUCAUCUUCACCUCUGUGAUGUUCGGCACCCAAGUCCACUCCAUCUGUACCGAUGAGACUGGCAUAGAGCAGUUGAAAAAGGAAGAGAGAAGAUGGGCUAAAAAAACUAAGUGGAUGAACAUGAGGGCGGUAUUUGGACACCACUUCUCCUUUUUGUGGUUUAGCCCCUUCUCUACCCCUGACCAUGGGAAGGCGGAGACCUAUCAGUAUGUGGUGUGAGAGUCUCCGCUCCCCUCCGGGACUUACCCCCCCCCCUACACAGGCUUUGAGCAGCCUUUCCUGUGCUUCUCUGUGCUCCCUCUUCAUUUUUGUGUUGCCUUUAGUCAGUCGAGUCGCAGAGAAAAAGACUGAAUUUGCUCCUUAAUGGUUUCAGAGAACCUCUGUUCUUUGUGGAUUUCAUUAAGAUGUUCUUUUAUCCAGAAAAAAAGGAUCAGAAGGUCUUUUUUGGGUAAGAUUGACCCUGUACCUGACAGUCAAGAAGCUGAUACGAAACACAAACAUCUUCACUUAGUCAGAAUCCAGAAAACAAGUCAGCAAAUGAAUGACACCUUUGCUUUCCGUACCAGCCAGCUUAGACUGUGGACUCAACUGAGAGAGAAAUGCUUCAAAGGCAGCUCUCUGCAGUCACAUGUUCCCCACGCUGCAUCUGAAUGGAUGUGACAGCAUUGCUGUCUAAAUCAUUACGGGUGAGAGAUCAAGCAGCAGGAAAGUUCGGCUGCAGGACGACCCCCUGCACAACAUCCAGACCAAAAGAAGGUUCUGAUCCGCUGCGUCAGUGAACGCAGCUCAACUUGUAACUCAGGAUCUUCUGUUUCAAUCAAUAAACUGGAGCUGCAGCUGUUUCAUGUGGAGAGAUGGAGAUAAGAAGUUAGAACUGAGCCUGUUGGACUUUUAAACGUUUAAACACUAAACUCUGCUUUUCCUUUUGGGGAAUUUUGGCUUUUUUCUCUCAUCUGUGCAGUUUUACAUUCAUGAAUCAGAUGUUGAGUUUUCAGAUUAGAGAAUUCCGGAUUCAAUCAAGAUAAAGCUCCCUAUUCACUGUCUGACAUGCUUUAAAAUGUAAAGCACAUGUCCAUUCUCCUUAUACAUAUAAUGUAACCCCCUGUGUUUGUGUGAUGGGAGGGGUCUUCUUGGUUUCUCCUCCUCAGACCAGCUGUUUUUCAAGUCAAAUCUGCACUUUCUCUGUGGGUUUUCUCCUUUGAUCUUUGUGUUUGGAUGCAUGUGGAUGGAUCUCCUCUUUUUCAUGUCUUUAAAACAAUUUUCUGUUUUGUUUUUUGUUUUUUACACAAAUGUAAACUUUUUUAAUAUUUCUGACAUAUUUCAGUAAAUAGAAUAAAUUCUUCUCAGCUGCA